AUGGGUCUCUUUAGCUCACUCAAAAAGUCAAAGGCGACCACAACAAGUUCACAAGGCACAGGAACAGGAACAGCACCAACAACAACUACAACAUCAACCAACACAGCACCACCUCGACCUCAAUCACAGAAACCAAUCCAUGCAGCCCUAGAACUCCCAGAGAUCAUGCAACGGGCCUUCGAUUUUGUCGACGAGUACACUCUCCACCACACCGUCAUCCUCGUCUGCCACGACUGGUUCUGGAUGAACCAACAUCGCAUCGUCCGUAAAGUCAAUUGGUUCGAGACCUCCAAAACCAGACGACUUGAGAAGGUCGCCUCUCGAUUACCCAGGGCCACCCAUAUGGUCUUGUACACUGUCAGCAAUGACAGGAUUAGCGAACUGGUCCGGGCGUUGGCAGAGAACCAUAGUCGGCAGGUGCGGAGCCAGGAACAGGGGUUGCAUGGGCUUUCGGGGCAGGAUGCGUAUUUCCAACCGACGGCGCCGACAAGUCAUCAUGGGAUGUUGAAGAAGAGGAAUCCGCUGCAGAUCUCGAGGGUCCUAAGGGAUUUGGAUGUUACUGGGACAGGGGGGUUGUUUCGGCAGCUGUUGCCGUCGCUCGGGUCGCUGACGGGUUUGAGGGUUCAGUUUAUGGGAUACGAGGUCUUGGAUGUUGAUUCGGUGCUGGUGGAAUGUCCGAGCCUGGUCUCUCUCCGUUUGGAAUCCAGGAAGGAAGAAUGUGUUCUUCAAUUGUCUAGUACCUUCACCGAUGACAGCGCAGCAACCUCACCGCCACGUCUACUGCUCCGAACCUUCAUAGUCGAGAACGCUACCAUCACUCAACCCUGCCUCGAUCAUCUCCUCGCAGUCUCCCCUCGUCUCAAGGACCUCCAACUCAGGAACAUUUGUCCCAACAAGACCAUCUCCGCACCCCAGAUCGAGCAGUGGAGCUGGCUGAUGACCAAGCUGCCCGCGCACGGGAUAUCCCUCUCAUCGGUCCACUUCUCGGUCAAAAGAGGACAGCCCACGACAGAUGAAGAAGCCUACGAGAAGAUCUUGAUGGUUGCCCCGCGAUCACAGGAGUGGGUCUGGAGAGUGACCGACUUCACGCCAGCUCUCACCCAUUGUUUGAGCCACCUCCCGAAUGUGGUUACCCACCUAGAACUCAUUCAGCCGUUCACCGCGUACAGCGAUGGGCGUGAGCUCCAUCAGUACCUUUGUGCAUCCCCCCACCUGCUCCACCUUAAAGCUCUUUACGCUAUUGCUAUGGUCGAUAGGAUGGACAUCCAUGGCCGAUGGACUAACCCCUCCGUCGCCCUUCCCAUGUCAUCAGGGAUCUGGGCCUGUCGCAACCUCAGGACCCUCCAUAUCACCUGCUACGCCAUUGGUGCCAACACUCCCGAAGACCGCAAAGGGCGCUCCCGGAUUAUCUUUGGAUACAUUUCUCGAGUCCUCCCACGACUUGAGGAUUUGACGAUCGCAGAGUAUUUUGCUUCGAGUCCUUGUCUUUCCUUGGAGUUGCAGGGCGGGUUCUGCCUUCUAGCACGGCUCUCCCAGUUGGCGCACUUGAGGAUUGGUGACGAUGAUAUGAAGAAGGUGUUCAAGGCUGCGGAUCUGAGGUGGAUUGUUCCGAGUGGCCAUAUCAACGGUGGGAGGAUCGAGAGGAGUUAUCUUUAUCGGACCUGGGGUGACCUACUAGCAGAAGAGGCAAAGACGACUGCAAGGAAGAAGAACGUCCGAGAGGAUGAUAUGACCAAGGAUGUCGAGUUGUGGAAGAGUCUGGAGGACUUGGGGCUCUUGCUGGAUGUCAAGAAGAUGGUGGACGAGAUGGAGGCGAAUACUGAGGCGUACAAGGGUGGGAUGCGAAAACUGCGGGACCUGGCGAUUUAUAGAAACCCGCUGUCGGGAUCCACACGGCCUGAGAAGGAGUACUUGAGGUUGGCGAGUGAUAACUUUGAGCUCAAGCGCGAGAGGUGGAGGGAUGAAGUUGCUGGUUUAGAUGGUAGUCUUGUUCCCGGCUACAGACCAAAAAGCGACUUGAGCGAGCAAGCGCGCCACUUUUCUCUUGGAUAG